CCGCCCACCCGGGGCCAGCGACCCCACCCCCUGCCUUGAAAUUUAAAGGAGGCCAGAGCCCUGCAGGGAGAGCCAGCCAAGGUCCUGCAGAGCUGGUGCCGAAGACAACGCCUCUGGAGGAGGGAGAAGGCUCCAGCGCGACUUUAAGGGACGCCCCGAGGAAAUGAUGAACGCCAUGAAGACAGAGUUCCUGUGUGUGCUGCUGCUCUGCGGAGCCGUCUUCACGUCACCCAGCCAGGAAACUUACAGACGACUCAGGAGAGGCGCCAGAUCGUAUAGAGUGACCUGCAGAGAUGAAAAAAUGCAGAUGACGUACUUCCAACAUGAGUCCUGGCUGCGACCCCUGCUCAGGAGCAACCAGGUGGAGCACUGCUGGUGCAACGGCGGCCGGGCCCAGUGCCACUCGGUGCCCGUCAGAAGUUGCAGUGAACCUUGGUGUUUCAACGGGGGGACGUGUCGGCAGGCCGUCUAUUCUUCAGAUUUCGUCUGCCAGUGCCCAGAAGGGUUCAUGGGGAAGCGCUGUGAAAUAGACACCACCGCCACAUGCUAUAAGGACCAGGGCGUCGCCUACAGAGGCACGUGGAGCACGGCAGAGAGCGGGGCUGAGUGCGCCAACUGGAACAGCAGCGGCCUGGUCAUGAAGCCUUACAGCGGGCGCAGGCCCGACGCCGUCAAGCUGGGCCUUGGGAACCACAACUACUGCAGAAACCCGGACCAAGACUCAAAGCCCUGGUGCUACAUCUUCAAGGCAGGGAAAUACGUCUCUGAGUUCUGCAGCACUCCAGCCUGCGCUAAGGUUGCAGAAGAAGAUGGGGACUGCUACACUGGAAACGGGCUGGCAUACCGCGGCACCCGCAGCCGCACCAAAUCUGGGACCUCCUGCCUCCCGUGGAAUUCCAUGUUCCUAACGAGCAAGAUUUACACCGCCUGGAAGAGCAACGCGCAGGCCCUGGGCCUGGGGAAGCACAACCACUGCAGGAAUCCCGAUGGGGACGCCCAGCCCUGGUGCCACGUGUGGAAGGACCGCCAGCUGACCUGGGAGUACUGUGACGUGCCCCAGUGCGUCACCUGUGGCCUGAGACAGUACAAGCGGCCCCAGUUCCGCAUCAAAGGAGGCCUCUUCGCCGACAUCACCUCCCACCCCUGGCAAGCCGCGAUCUUCGUCAAGAACAGGCGGUCCCCGGGAGAGCGGUUUCUGUGUGGGGGGACCCUGAUCAGCUCCUGCUGGGUGCUGUCUGCCGCCCACUGCUUCCAGGAGAGGUACCAGACUCACCAUCUCAAGGUGGUCCUGGGCAGGACAUACCGGCUGGUCCCUGGAGAGGAGGAGCAGAUGUUUGAAGUAGAAAAAUACAUCAUCCACAAGGAAUUUGAUGAGGACACUUACGACAAUGACAUCGCACUGCUGCACCUGAAAUCGGACUCGCUGACCUGCGCCCGGGAGAGCAGCUCCGUCCGCACCAUCUGCCUCCCAGACGCCAGCCUGCAGCUGCCCGACUGGACGGAGUGUGAGCUGUCCGGCUAUGGGAAACACGAGGCCUGGUCUCCUUUCUUUUCGGAGCGGCUGAAGGAGGCUCACGUCCGGCUGUACCCAGCCAGCCGCUGCACUUCCCGCCACUUGUUUAAUAAGACCGUCACCAACAACAUGCUGUGUGCUGGAGACACUCGGAGCGGUGGGGACCACACAAACCUGCACGAUGCCUGCCAGGGUGACUCGGGCGGCCCCCUGGUGUGUAUGAAGGACAGCCACAUGACCUUGGUCGGCAUCAUCAGCUGGGGCCUGGGCUGCGGGCAGAAGGACAUCCCAGGUGUGUACACCAAGGUGACUAACUACCUGGACUGGAUUCAAGACAACACGCGACCGUGACCAGGGACACCCCGUUUUCCCCUACAUCACAGAGACCCUGCUUCUCCCACCUCUGAAGACUUACCGUGGCGGGGGCUUCUUCACACAGCGGAAGUGGGGGGAGGAUGUAGUUUCACAGGUACUUUUCCAUUUUGGAAGUUUUCAGGGCUUAAGGGCUGAAACGUCCUGUCAGACGGGAAGAUGGAUAAACGCCAGUCCCUCAUGGAAGACCACUCCCCAGGGCGGAAGCCCGCUUUCUCCUCUAUGCACGUGAGCAUCUUUGGAAAGGGGACCACAAAGAUGAAAGCAUGUCUCAGUAGGCAAAGAUAACUCGAGCCUUCAGGAAAGAAGGGUUAGAUGUAUUCUACUAGAAAUAGAAUGUCUAUUUAUAGUCCCAAGGAAGCCCAGCAGGAACCUCCUACCAAGGGAUGGGCUGGCUGGCCAGAUCAAGUUCCUCGACUCCAACCCUUAAGUCAAGUGUUGGGCUUUCCUUUUCUCCCACUGCAGGUCUUGGAGGGAAUCCUGUUUGUGUACAGUGUAAUUCUUUUUCUUUAUAAGUUUCAUCAUAGACCCAGGAGACACGUAUCAUUUUAGUAACUGAUAAACUAGGCUCUAGCAUAUUUAUAUCACUUCAUUUUUGUUUGUACUCUGUCACCACUACCUGUAUGAUACUGUACUGGAAUAAUAAAUUCUGAUGUAUUUUUCACAUA